UUGUUCUUAUAAGAAGUAGAUGGAAUAGACUGUUGCAUGAGCGAAGUUUAAAUAGCUCUUUGCAAGCUCUUCUGCACUAUAGUACGAAUUUUUCCAACCCGGGUUUUGUAAUUCCAGAUGGGGAAGAAUAACCCCAUAACACGACUCAAAACCUAUGCACGGAGCAACGACUUGGAGCUGAAAUAUCAGGACGUUUCAGAGGGAGAUGGCGAGAAAAGAGUCAUGAGGGCUGUGAUUAAUGGUCAAAGCUUUCCUGAUGGUGUGGGGAAGAACGCUAAACAAGCAAAGCAGAAUGCAGCUCGAAAUGCCCUGGACCGACUGAACGAGAAGGAAAAUAACAUCCCAGAGAUGAAGAAAAAAGAUCCCAAUGCACAAACUUCUCACAAGAAAAGUAGAAAAAAGCUGGUGUUUGAUAAUAUAUCUAGAGCCAAAAAUAACGGGGUGUCGUGCCUGAGAGUGUUUCAAGAUGGAACCUCAGCCAUGCUGCCCACACCACAGACUGAACCGGAUUUCUGUGGUGCUUCAUCAAAACCGGUGGCAAAGACUUGUAAUUCAUCAAAACAACCCAAGGAUGUGCUGUCCCCUGAAGAACAGAGUUCAGGAAACUCUCCAAGUGAUAUAAUUUCAGCUGAUUCAGAAAUCUUCAGUCAUUCACAGUUUGACUACGUAGAGGAGCUCGGUGAAGGAGCUUAUGGUCGAGUACUCAAGGUAAAAGAUAAACUGGUGGAAAGGUAUUACGCAAUAAAGAUCAUCCGCUGGAAAGAAAAAGCUCUACGAGAGGCCAAGGCGCUGUCAGACCUCAACCACCCUAACAUUGUUAGAUACCACUCGUGUUGGCCCGGGGAUUCGGGAUACCAGUUGGACAGCACUGACGAAAGCUGCAGUGCUUCACAGUCUUCCACUGGCUCGCCCAAGAAGUGCCUCUACAUUCAGAUGGAACUGUGUGACACCAAAACACUUAGACACUGGAUAGAUGAGAGGAAUAAGAAGAAAUCAUCGCAAAACUCCAAGAGAAGAUUAGAAAGUCUGAACAUUGUUCAGCAGAUGGUCAGUGGUAUCGAGUACAUUCACUCCAAGAACCUCAUCCACAGAGACCUGAAGCCUGCCAACAUCCUGUUUGGGCAAGACACAAAAGUAAAAAUCGGAGACUUUGGACUGGUCACUGCUGAGAAUAACGAUGAUGACAAGACUCCGAUGGAAAGAACUUUAGAUAAGGGAACACCACAUUACAUGGCUCCUGAACAGGAGAGCGAGACGAACUAUGGCAGGAAGGUUGACAUAUUUGCUUUGGGACUGAUCUACUUUGAGCUUCUUUGGAAAAUCUCCACUGUUCAUGAAAAAUGCGAGAUCUGGGAUGACAUCAGAAAACAGAAGCUUCCUCGAGAAUUUGCAUUCAGUUUUACCUCAGAGUACAUCAUCAUCAGAUCAAUGCUGAGUAUGAAGCCCGAAGAUCGACCUGAAGCAUCUAAGAUCAUAACAGACCUGGAAGAGUGCUCUCAAAAGCUAAACGCUGAAGAAAUAGCACGUCGUGGAAGGACCACACAAUAAUACUACAUUAUACUACUGUCAAGAGAUUUAUUCUAAAUGACACUUCUUCAGCUGAGAGUCUAAGAGUGAAGACACACACAGACGCUGCAGUUUUAACUUGCCAGGGCGUUUCACAGAACGCUCACAUCAGAGUGGGGGCCCUGUGAAGUGCGCGCUCUGUUCUUGCACUUGCCUUUAUUUAUACACAAGAAAAAUGAAUACAUUUGUUCAGUGACGUGAGCAUAUGCGUAUGUGAUUGUGUGUGUGUGUGUGUGUGUGUGUGUGUGUGGUCAGAACUGCUUGUUUGACUUCUUACUAUCGCUGUGGGAAGGUUCAGAUACAAAUAUCAGAACACGUUUUAUAAAGAACAAUCAGUCCACAACAAUGAAAAGUACAAUCAGUUCUAAGCUAGGAAAUGAUCAUCAUGCAGCAUUCUAUCACAAGUAAACUUAUAUCAUUAAAAGCUUAUACUGACUAAAAAAUACAAUUUUCUAUUGACAACUACUAAUGCCAAUACUCCCAAAUGGCACAACCAGAUACUGCACACAGGACAGGGACUAUCAAACUAAAACAGGAAAUGCACAACAGGCACAGAGGCAUGGAAUAGACACUGAACAAAGGGAACACAGAGCACAGGGACAGGAGUAACAAACUGCAACAUGACACACGACUAAGUAGGGAGCAAGAAAAUAAAAAUGAAGACAGAACUAAACCUACACUAACCAUGAGGGGCACAGGAAGAAAACCCAAGAACUAGAAAUCACAAAACCAUGAAGAACUAGAGCUAGAAAUACAAAACCAAAAGACAAAAGACUAGUAAUGAUAAACCAUGAUGAAAUGAAAGAUUAACAAUAACACAAAACACUGGGUCACCGACCCAGGACCGGCAAAUAUAUCCCAUUGCUCUUCAGAGAGUUUCAGAAGGAUGUCAAAUACUUACAUGAAACGUAUAAAUCAUAGUUUUUGAAAAAUACCACGAAGUAUUAAAACUGUAGAAACCUGUAGUUUCAUUUAAAAAUUUUAAUUGCCAAUUUUGCCCAUCAUUCCAGGAAGGGUGCCAGCCAUUCCAUUUCACAGAUGGAUGGAUGGACGAACAUAUAUUUAAUUGAUCCUAUAAGGGAAAUUACAGUUUCAGGAUAAAGAAUAAAAUAAUAAUAAUAUAAUAUACAAUGAAACAUAACAUAUACAAUGAAAACAACAUUGUUAGUACCACAGGCAGACAGGACAGAAGUUUUUGGGAGGCUGAAUGUGAAUAAAAUAGUCAUUUGGUUGAAAAUGGCAGAUGAAGGGAAAACCUACAUUUGAGAGAAAUUGGAAAAAGCUUUUACUCUUGUGGGGCAACAAAGAGACAAUCAAAAGUAUUGAGAUUUAAAGGAACUGAGA